AUGGCUGAAGCCGUUGCUGAUCAACCGGCCAAGGUCGUGUCCGAGGCCCAUGGCGUCGACACUUUCCACCCCCCCGAGAAGAUGUUUGAAAAGCAUCCCAGCAAGCCCCACAUUUCAAAUUUAGAAGAGUACCAACAACUGUACAAGGAGUCCAUCACAAAGCCCCACCAGUUCUGGGGCCGCAAAGCUCGCGAGCUUCUCAGCUGGUCCCGCGACUUCCAGACCGUCCACAGCGGCUCGUUCGAACACGGAGACAACGCUUGGUUUGUCGAGGGCCAGCUGAAUGCUUCCUACAACUGCGUCGACAGACACGCCCACGCAGACCCUAACCGAGUCGCCAUCAUCUACGAAGCCGACGACCCCGCCGAUGGCCGCAACGUCACAUAUGGCGAGCUCCUGCGGGAAGUGUCCAGGACCGCCUGGGUCCUCAAGCAGAUGGGUGUCCGAAAGGGCGAUACCGUUGCUAUCUACCUGCCCAUGAUUCCCGAGGCCAUCAUUGCCAUCCUCGCUUGCUCCCGUAUCGGUGCUAUCCACUCAGUCAUUUUCGCCGGUUUCUCAUCCGACUCCCUGCGCGACCGUGUGACCGAUGCUGGAUCCAAGGUUGUUAUCACCACGGAUGAGGGCAAGCGUGGUGGCAAGUUGAUUGGAACCAAGAAGAUCGUCGACGAUGCCUUGAAGCAGUGCCCCGAUGUAUCCCAUGUUUUGGUGUACAAGCGCACUGGUUCUGAGAUCCCCUGGACCGAGGGCCGUGACUACUGGUGGCACGAGGAGAUUGAGAAGUGGCCUGCCUACAUCUCCCCCGAGCCCGUCAACUCUGAGGACCCCCUUUUCCUUCUCUACACAUCCGGCUCGACUGGCAAGCCCAAGGGUGUUUUGCACUCUACCGGUGGAUACCUGCUUGGAUGUGCCAUGACUGGAAAGUACGUCUUUGAUAUCCACCCCGGUGAUCGCUACUUCUGUGGCGGUGAUGUUGGUUGGAUUACCGGCCACUCUUAUGUCGUGUACGCUCCUCUUCUUUUGGGUGUUACUACCGUCGUUUUCGAAGGCACCCCCGCCUACCCCAACUUCUCGAGAUACUGGGAUAUCAUUGAGAAGCACAAAGUCACACAGUUCUACGUCGCCCCCACCGCCCUGAGACUGCUCAAGCGCGCUGGUGAUGAGCACGUCAAGGCACAGAUGAAGGACCUCCGUGUUCUUGGCUCCGUCGGUGAGCCCAUUGCAGCUGAGAUCUGGAAGUGGUACUUCGAGGUUGUCGGUCACGAGGAGGCCCACGUUGUUGAUACCUACUGGCAAACAGAGACCGGAUCUAACGUCAUCUGCCCUCUGGGUGGUGUCACACCUACCAAGCCUGGUAGCGCUUCUCUGCCUUUCUUUGGCAUUGAGCCCGCCAUCAUCGACCCUGUUUCCGGAGAGGAGAUCCACGGCAACGACGUUGAAGGUGUUCUCGCAUUCAAGCAGCCAUGGCCCAGCAUGGCCCGCACCGUGUAUGGUGCCCACAAGCGAUACAUGGAUACUUACCUGAAUGUGUACAAGGGCUACUACUUUACCGGUGACGGUGCUGGCAGGGAUCACGAAGGCUUUUACUGGAUCCGCGGACGUGUUGACGAUGUUGUUAACGUCAGUGGUCACCGUCUGUCUACCGCUGAGAUCGAGGCUGCUCUGAUUGAGCAUCACUCUGUCGCCGAGGCUGCUGUGGUUGGUGUUGCUGAUGAGCUCACCGGCCAGGCUGUCAACGCCUUUGUCGCUGUCAAGGCAGGACAGGAUGCCAAUGAUGCGCUGCGAAAGGAGCUCAUCAUGCAGGUCCGCCGAAGCAUUGGUCCCUUUGCGGCCCCCAAGGCCGUCUACAUCGUUCCCGAUAUGCCCAAGACUCGUAGUGGCAAGAUUAUGCGCCGUGUUCUGAGGAAGAUCCUCGCCGGCGAGGAGGACCAACUGGGAGACAUCACAACGCUGUCUGAUCCUACGAUCGUGGAACGCAUCAUUGCUAGCGUUCACGCUGCGAAGAAGAACUAA